AUGGCCUCAAUGUUCAAGGCCCUCCAACCCUACCCAGAAGACCGUCUCCACCUGCGUCUUCACCGCGCCCGCUCCGUGAUUCUCACCAGCCAAGAGCUGGUAGAGAUCCGCGCCGCCCAGCGCACCUUUGAGGGCGCCUACAUGCGCACCGCGCUCUCGCAGUUUUCCUUCGCUCUGAUCAUCCUCAAGAUCUUCACGAGCGAAUUCUACCCCAUCGGCGCGCUGUUCGCCGUGUACGGCGCCGCCGUCAUGCUGGUGGCGAUUUAUAGACGGUAUGAAGGCAAUCGACAGUUUUUCGAUCAGGAGGUUGAGGAGGAUCUUGAUGAUGAUGAACGUGAUGGGGAGGAUGGUGAGGAUGGAGUGGGGAGUGCGAGUGCGAGUGGGACUGCGUAUCAGGGUGGUGGACUGGGGCGGAGUCGGAGGACUGGAGGGAUAGGGGAGGUGGUGGGGGUUGAUGGGAUGGGAGAGUCAGGAGGAGGAAUGCAAGGACAAAGGCUGGAAAGGAGAAAGACGGUGGUGGUGGUCAAGAAAAAGUUCAGGACCAGCGCGAAUAGCGUAGCGUUGUUGACGGGGUUGAGUUUCGCGGCGUAUGUGGCGUUGAUGGUGUUGUUGUGGCAUUUGAGUAAGUAA